AUGAAUUCAUCAGGAAAAGACAUUCACCAGAUUGGAAAUUUCCAGAAGAGUUUGGAUGAAUAUGUCGAAGAGAAAGAGAAGUUAAAGAAUCAGUUGUCUUCAGCAAAAGCGGAAAGUAGUCAGCUGAUGGAUAAAAUAAAAUCAGCGAAAGAAGAAAUGAAAAAGAUAAUUGAAGAAACUGAAAAAAUACGAAUGAAGAAAAGAGUUCUAAUUAGAAUGCUGAGGAUUGCGAAAGAUAGACAAAACAAAUACCAAGAAGAACUGAAUUCAUUGCAAACAAACAAAGAAAAGACCAAAAAUGCUAUAACAGCAAAACUUGAAAGUUGUUUGGAUGAAAGAAUCGGCCAUUUGGUAGAAUGUAUAAAGUAUUCAGAAAAUCACUGGCUUUUUCGAAAUCUACCUAAUACAGAUUAUUCAAAUGAUUUAGAAGAACAGAAGACUGGAGGAGAGGAAAUAUCCCCUCAGGAGGAUCAUUAA